AUGAUAAAUUUGGUAAAUGACUUUCUUACUAAUGCAGAUAAGGAGGAUAUUGUUAAGUGUGUUAAAGGCUUAGUACACUACCCCUUAAAACAUGAUAGAUUAGGUUUCAGGAUUACUAAAGAAGAUGAGAAACUGCUCUAUGACAAAUACUUCCAUCAAAUAAUGGGCCACACUUUCAAGAUUGUCAACGAAUUACCAACGACUGAAAUGUUAUCAUUAUGUAGAUUUUUGACGGAAUUCUCGAAAGGCGAUAUUUGGCUUGAGUCCGCAUGCAACUUGUUGUCAAGCAAUAUUGUAUCUACAGAAGCUCAUUUACUAGUAGUUGAACUAGAAAAGUUUUUCUCAGAGUUCAACAGAGUGUCAGAUUUUAUUUCUGCUUGCAUUGAUGACAGUGGAAUUAUCUCAGAUAGCUCGCAAUUGUUUCUGGAGUCACGAGCCAGGUUAUUGGCCAACGUGCCUCACUAUGUUGCUAACGUGAAACGUGAGAAUCCCUCCUACUUCACUGUUGGGAGUCAUUUUGUCAAAAACAUUUUGUCAGCCUUCGAACGUGUUUCCAAUACAUCGCAAAAUAUGUAUCAGCUUUUAGGAUUAAUUGUUAGUCAUCUAUGUUUGGCCGGGUAUUCGAAAUAUGUCUCAGAUUUUAUUGUUGAGCAGGGACAACAUAAUUCCGCUGACAUUUGGUCUAAAUUACUAAUCCACACCAACACAAAAAGUAUGGAAAUGUGUUUGGCUUCACUCGCUAAAGAAUGUCCAACCCCACAAAAAUAUUAUGCGUUGUUAUCGAGAAUUCUUGAAAUGUCCUCUCCUACUUUUGAUUCAUAUAUGAGGUUAUGUCGUCGUUUGUUCUACAUCCGCCAGUUUAAAUCUGGAAAUACCGUCAGAAACAUUUUUAAUUCGUUUUUCAUGGCUGUUUCAAAGUGUGAGACGCUUGAAAAAUCAACCUGUUUAGCUACCAGAGUUGAUGAAGAUUUGGGACUACCUGCUCUUCGCGUAUGGUCUGACAUAAACUCCAUACAAACAGCUUCCCUAGAAAGACGUAUUUAUUUGUCGCAAAUAUUAAUUUCAUGGAUUAUUGAUUUUCGGGACCCUGUGCGUGCUAAUUUAUCCAUCAACUUAUCCAAUGACCACUUAUUACCUGAUGUACUGAAUGGAAUCAGUAAUCACCUUGGAAGUCCGCGAAUUGAAAUUCGUACUCUUGGUAUGGUUAUAGGGGAGUGGAUUGUGAAAAUUUUCGACUGGAGUCCUGGUGAUGAUAAUCAGAAGUUGAAAUUUGACUAUGAAGAACUAAAUUUUCUUAGCCAUAUUCGACCAUAUUUUGUUCCUCUGGAUGAGGCUGUCGAUGCUGAGUCUGGUGAUCACAAUUCAGUUCCAAUUCAAACGCCGUCAAGUGUAGAGUCUCCCAAAAUCGCCCUUAAUUCACUUGAAUACAAGAUAACGAACGAAAACUGUGAAACUGCGAAACAAGCUCUACAUAAACUAGACAGUGAUGAUGAUCCAGAUAGUGAUAAUGACUCAUUGACACCACUCCCUUCCAUUAGUUCUUCAAAUCGCUACAAUAAAACACCAUUUUAUCUUCGUGAAUGUCUUGAUGGAAUGUUAUUAUCUAAGGUUGAAGAUAACCCAGUGAAUAUUGCAUGUACAAUGUCUGCAGAAAAGUUGAUCUACGCUCAUCCGGAAGCGGCACAAGAGUUAGCACUAGAAUUCGCUCGUGUUCUUGUUCAUAUUGAACCACCUGUAACACCUGAUCCGGAACAAAUAGCUCGUGCCAGACAUGAUGCCCUAGUAGCUAUUGGUGUAGUUGCUCCGAAAAAAUGCGCACGUUAUUUGACUUCAGAAUUUUGUCAAUCAGGAUAUUCCAUUGGCCAAAGGAUGAAUAUUAUAUCAUCUCUCACUGAUAUUGCCUGUAAGUUGUAUGGGGGCAAAGACGCACUACUCUCUCAAAGAUUCUCCUCAAAUCAUCAGAUAGCCAAUAAUGAUGCGGUCACUGCUAACAACGAUCAUAAAGGAAAAACCCGUCGAUUUUGUAAAAAGCGCCCUCCAUCUUCCUAUAUUAUUAAUAAAUUUGCUCCUUUUGCUGGAGAGUUUUUCUUUCCCUUGCUAAAAAGCAUUCCACAGUUAUCUCUUUCUUCUGCUAAAGGACCGUUCGCUCAUCAAGAUGCUAGUUUAUUGGCUAGCUUAUUGGCGUCGUUGGGAACUAUUUAUGCUUGCUCCAGUCUCUCAUCUGUCCAAGCUCGAAUGGCUGACGAGUUGAUAAAUUUAAUUCCUUUAUUUCAUCGACAUCCGGAACCUGCAGUGCGACGUGCUUUACACAUAGUCGUUGGAACAGUUAUCACCACUACUCCACUGGAAAUCUUAUCUUCUAAACCUGAAUUGAUUUUUAGAAAGUCAAUCGUUUUAUCUGGUAGUAAAAAAAGCUCUGUAGAAAGUACUAUUUCUAGCUGGUUAAAAUCAUGUUCAUUGUCUGAUUCAGAUGCAGAAUGUCAACUCUUAGCUUCUAAUAGUCUUUCCGCACUAUGUGAACGAUUUUUAGAGUGGAAUCAUAGUAAACAGUAA